AACUGACAGAACACAAGUGGAGCUUUAUCCACCCUGUCCCGCUCUGUGAAAGAGGAAACCCUAAACUGCUCAGGCUCAACCAGCCCCAGCCCUUUUCUCCCUUUUCUUUCUUUCCCUCUCUUUUCACUCACACCCAUCGGACGUGUGCACGCUCAGGAGGAGAAUGGCAACAUCAUCUGCAAAGAGAAACGGAGAGCCCCGCAAGAUGUUGGCGUUCGCUGUGCUGCUCAUCGCCUCACUCUUAAAUGCAGGAGUCAUGGCACAGGAAGAGGGAAUUGUCAUGGCAACAGCCCCAUCUGUCGAGUCACAUGUACGAGGAGAUAUGAUUCCAAAAGUAACUUCUGAGCCAGAGGAUCCACAGGACCAAAUCCUGGUUUUCCCUACUGUGGGACCUCUACAGCCGACUGAAAAGACCACAGCAGCUACAGAAGAGGCAGGAAACGUUGAGAACAGCAGCCCUGCGGCUCCAGAGGAGGCAGCUGAUGAGGGAACUCAGACCACUGCGGAGGCACAUACCGACAAACCUAAAGUCAUGGAAGCAGAAACCCCAGCACCCAUGCCAUCUAGAGGUGACGGCCCCAGAAACAUUCCACAGCCGGGGCCAAAUGAUGAUGUUGUGUGUGUCACCAAAGAGGUGGUGCAGGACAAAAACGCUGUCAGUCUGAAACUCAAGGCCUCAUCCAACUGUAAAGACACCAAGCAGAAGAUUGAAAGUGUUGUGCAGGAGCUGUGUGGAGAAGACUGUAAACUGGAGCUCUACCAGGAGGACAACUCAGAUGAAAUCCUUGUGUCUGGAAAAUAUGUUGAAGCCGACAUCACAGGCAUGGCCAACAAGUUCAACAAUGACAACAUCAAAGAUAAGGUUGAUGUGGAGGAAGCUGUUCCUCGCUGGGGGAAGAACUCGAAGUUGGUCCUGGUUUCCUUGCUGCUGACUGGCCUGUUGCUCGCUGCUCUGCUUGUGGCUGGUUAUUACUUCAAGACCCACCGCAAGAACUCUAAAGGAGUCAGACUGGCCGAGUCUUUCCAGGUGGAUGAGGAGAACCAGGCUAACACCCUGGUGUCCGUAGCCCCGCUGCCCCAGGAACCCCUCGACAAGCCCACACCCAACGGAGAGUCGCCACCUGAAAAUGGGACCAAUCAGACCCCCACCACUAAUGGACACUCCCAGACCCCAGUGGCAGAUACAGAGAUGUGAAUCACUACACCCCCAACCUCUCCCUCAUCGUCCCGUUCUACCAGUUACACACUGGGACACACCAUCCACAAGCCCCUUGUGCUGCCUCAGAGACUGUCCACACACUGAGACAAAUUCAACAUGAACCCGCUUCACUACAUCCAACCACACCCCCACCAGCCCUCAACCUGUACCUCCCAGACGACGCUGAAAACAAUGAUGAAGCUCAUCACUACAAUGAUGAUAAAUGACAAUGCCUGUAAUGUGAAAAUCACCGGCCACUGCCGGUGUCAAGAGGAACCAACAGAUGCUGUUUGGGACUGAGACUGAUCUGCAGGGCGCUGACUGGAACCUGUUGGCUGCCCUGACGUCAGUCUGGUAGUAAACAUUGUAGAAUCAGUUGUGUUAUGUCAAAUACAUGAUGCUGAACCCUAAUGAAGAAGCAGAACAUGCUCAACUAUUUCAACUGUGUGGCCAUGAAACCAAUGAAGGCCAGGCAUAGAUGAGAAGAGCAGUUUCUGUACUGUUGUAAAAAAGGACUGACACUCACUGCUUGAUUGUUUUGGUUUUUUGGUCUGUGUAAUACAGUAAAUAUUCUGCCUCACUUUCUGCCUUAACUAUAGGCCUAUAAAAAUUUGGAAAAAUAAGAGACUGCAACGUUUGAAUUGAUUUAAAGUUUUCUCAAUUUCUUCUCGAACUUAGAGCAACAUGUACCAUUGUUAAGAUUCUUCAUGGAAACCAAAGACCAGCUGACACAGUGUUAGUUGUGUAGGAAGUAGUUGAGAUAUCAAGCAGAAAGCAUCAUCUUUGGUUUUACAGGGGAAUUAAAUAAUGCUACUAAAAGCUGCUCAUAAUGUGGAAAUGCGUCAGUGCUUCACUGAUAGAAUAAUAGAAAUUGAAAAAUGGAUAUUAAUACUUCAAAGUUUAAUUGGGAUAGGUUGCAAAGUACAUUUCUAUUUUUGUGUGGUGCUUUUUCAUUAGGGCAUUAGUGUACAGUUUCCCUUUUUUUUUUUUUUUUAAACGAUGUAACAUUCUUCCUUCUUGCCUUUGUUAAUGGUGAAACCCUGGCAGCAUUUUUUUUUUAUUCUGAGAAAAAGGUCUUUUCAAGAUUCUUUUAAGGUGCUAGACUGGUAAACAAAAUCACCAGCAUGAAAUUCCUACACAACAUGCAGCAGGUUGAGCAUUCCAAAGAAUGUCUCUAUCUCCUUGUUGAUAAAAAUGAAAAUGCAUCAGUGCUACACAUUUUUUUAGCUUCUCUUUUGAACAACUGGUUGCUUUCAUAAUGUACUGCAUGUGUAAAUAAGCCUGUUUUCUAGCCUGUAACUCUGCCUGAUUCAUAAACUGUGAUUGUUGACAAAAUA